AUGGAUCAGGAAGACGCUUCAGUAGUAAAUACGAAUGAGGAGCGGAACGGAGAAGAGGGUGCAGUUAUGGCUGAUGGGGAAAGAGACUCGGGACUGAGUCCACAAGCAGGAGCAGAAGCAGAAGUAGUGGCGGCAAGUAGACGGAGAGGAGCAGCAAUGGUUGAUGAAGAGAGGGAGUCGAAUGCGAAUGCAGAAGUAGGAGAAGAAAGAGAGAUGCUGGUAGUGAACAGACAAGGGGAAGAGGUAGUAGCUAAUGAGAACGGGGUGCGGGAGUUGCGAGAAGCUGGGCGAGACUUGUGGAUACUGCAAAACGGAGAAAGGGAACCGAACGGACAGCAAGCAGAGUUAAACCCCCAUGACGUAUGGUUGAUGCGUGCGGCAGGUGCUGAGCAUAGACUUGUUGCAAGUGUACAAGCAGAAAGAGCCGCGGUUGCAGCCCACGAAGAUGAUCAUUUCUCGUUUGAAGAUUCUGAACGGUUUGAGGAGGAUUCAUUGUGUUCAUGGAUGUCAGAUGCAGAAUCAGUAAAUCAGAAUUGGCGAGGAUGGUGUUCUGAAAAUACAACAGCACAUAAUGCAGUCGAACAUGGUUAUGUUGAUGGAUCAGGUUGUUCACCUAAUUCGUUGUUACGUUUUACUGGGGGUAUUACUUCAUCAUCACAGUCUCGUUGGCGUCCACUAUCUUCAUCAGUUAAUGCGGCGAACAUGGCUUCAUCUGCCUCAACAACCAAUUUUACUCCAGUUUUUACAGGCUAG